AUGUAUUAUGGCAGUAGACCAUGUGGCAAAGGGAAGAAAGUGCAAGAAAGGGAUAACCAAUGUUCUGUAUAGCAGCACUACAUUUGGUGUUGGAAGUGAUAUAUACCAAAUCGUAAAUCACAAUUCAAAAGAUUAUUUAAGUGGCCCAUACUAUUGACAGCAAAAGUUAGUUCCUCCAAGAAAGUGAAGAAUUCCGUUUUGCUCAAAUGUCAGAAAAACAUUCCAACAAUUCAUCCGUGAAUGUGCCUUUAGUAGCCGAUAAUGGCGAGUUGGCUCAGCAUAAAACCAUAACCUAUCCUCCUUCUGCACAAGACACUGUAUCCUUCUUUCACACUUGUCUGAACGGACUCAAUGCAAUAGCAGGUGUAGGUAUACUCUCAGUUCCUUACGCUCUUGCAUCUGGAGGAUGGUUAAGCUUGGUUCUUUUGUUUGGAAUUGCCACUGCAGCACUUUACACGGGCACGUUGAUAAAAAGAUGCAUGGUUAUGAAUACGAAUAUCAGAAGCUAUCCUGAUAUAGGUGAACUUGCAUUUGGAAAGACAGGAAGGCUAAUAGUGUCAGUAUCCAUGUAUACUGAACUAUAUCUAGUUUCAAUAGGAUUCUUGAUUCUAGAAGGUGAUAACUUGAGUAACUUGUUCCCCAAUGCGAAGGUUCAGAUAGCUGGCUUAGCAAUUGCAGGGAAACAAUUCUUUGUGAUAUUGGUUUCCCUUAUCAUCUUGCCCACAGUUUGGUUGGACAACUUGAGUCUACUCUCUUAUGUAUCUGCAAGUGGAGUCUUCGCUUCUGUUCUCAUCAUCCUUUCAAUAACAUGGACUGCAACAUUUGAUGGAGUUGGUUUUCAUCAUAAAGGAACUCUUGUCCGUUGGAAUGGUCUCCCCACAGCUGUUAGCUUGUAUGCCUUCUGUUAUUGUGCACAUCCUGUCUUUCCCACCUUGUACAAUUCCAUAAGAAACAAACAUCAUUUCACUAAUGUCUUAACUGGCUGCUUUCUCUUAACCACUGUGGGCUAUGCAUCCAUGGCUAUAGUGGGUUAUUUAAUGUUUGGUGAGGAGGUUGAGUCACAAGUAACACUGAACCUGCCUCUGAACAAAGUUAGCUCAAAAGUAGCAAUAUACACAACGUUGAUGAAUCCCAUAUCGAAGUUUGCUUUGAUGGCAACACCUAUUACGAAUGCUUUAAAAGACUUGCUUCCAAGGAGGUACAAGAAUAGGGUGACGAGCAUCUUAGUUAGCACAGUGUUGGUAAUGAGCACCACCAUUGCUGCCCUUGCUGUUCCUUUCUUUGGGUCUCUGAUGUCACUGGUUGGAGCCUUUCUAAGUGUCACAGCUUCUAUUCUGCUUCCAUGCUUGUGCUACUUGAAGAUUUCGGGCACUUACAGGAACUUUGGGUGUGAGAGUGUAGUCAUAGUGAUACUAAUAAUGGCAGCUUUAGCAAUGGCAAUAUCUGGGACAUACACCUCUUUCAUGGAAAUAGCACACCACCUAGUUCAACUAUGAUCCAAUCAAAUAACACUGUGCAUGAAGAACCCGUCGGUUCAUUAAAUUGAAACACUAACUCCCAUGAAUAAAAGGACUCACACUUAUGUAACAAAUAAAAGAACAACUGUUUGCUUUUAUUUUCAAUCCUAUGAUUGGAAUAAAUGUGUCACCUUUUAGCAUCGUUGUGGUUGAAAUCUGAAUU